AGUCAGAUAGCUCCAGGAGAGACCGAUCCCAGGGACGGACGAGAAGAAAUUGCUGCUCAGUGGGCCUUGCCGGCCAGAAUUUAACCAGGGUUUCUGCGGUGGUGAUGAGCAGGUAGUAAAGUCUGUCCACCUUCACCCUAUACAUGUGAUGACUUUCUGGGGUUGGACUGCCCACCCAGCGUCUGACUUCCGUAACAUUAAAUGCAAUACAAGGCAAAUGCGACGGCUUAGUGCUUUCCGCACUGGUAUCAAAAAGCUCGCUCAUCAAAUCGUUGUGUCUCGAUUCACACUUAGGAGAGGUUGUUCCAACGAGGUUGAAGAGCUCCUGAAGAGUCACAAGUAUAUUUUUCUGACUAACCAAAAUGGUAAAGUCCUUGGUGAUCAACCUUUCUGCGACGAGGCCAUGAUCAAUACGCUACAUCAGUCAUUGUUUGACGGCGAGAACUCGAUUGGAGUUCAAUCACAUGAAGAUUUUGUGUCGGUCUUAGAUGGCAAUGAUGAGCCGGAGCUCCCCAUAGCUAUGGUUGCAUUGAUUGCAACUGUUAUCUAUGCCAUACUGAUGGACUGGAGGAGUGGCAAUCCACCGUCGAGCUUGCAAGUCAAAUCGUUCAAUGCUACUGUCUACAUUAGCAUUUACAAAGCCCAUGAAGCAACCCUCACUCGGAUCUUUGAAGGCAGUAAAAAACAGUAUCACGUGCUGAUGGCACGGCUUUACAAGGCUGUCUGUGUGUCGGACAAUGUGUUGCUGCCAUCUGGUGCGUUGAGCAACUUCGACUACCUCGAUCUCAGUGCAAUGUCUGAGGAUUGA